AUGGACGCCAAGGUGGACUUGGGGCCAUUUAAACCGGAGGCGCAGUGCAUAUGCAGCGUGGAGUCCAUAAAUUUUCCAUAUAAUUUGCAAGCUUUUAUGGCGCCUGCCGUUGCCAAAAGGAAAAGUGCCCUGCAAUCAUCUGCAACUGCCACAGAGACAGCAAUACUGACAUAUUUGCAAGAGAAGAACAGGCCAUACUCCGUCAAUGAUAUUGUCUUGAAUUUGCACAGUGCUUAUCCAAAGGCUGCAGCCCAAAAGGCUCUUUCAGCACUAGUGAAGGCCAAAAGGGUUACCGAAAAGGCGUAUGGAAAGCAGACUGUAUACGUGGCGUCACAGGAUGAGUUUGAAAUACCUACCCCAGAGGAGCUUGAAUCGAUGGAUACCCUGCUAGCUUCGCUUAAGGAGACCCUUUCCAGCAUCUCUGCGGAGCAGAAGACUCUCGCUGCUGAGCUGCAAGUGCUCUCGUCAAAGCCCACUCUAAAGGCCCUUCGUGCUAACAUUGCUACGCUUUCCGCAAAUAAUGCCAUUGCCGAGCAGCGAAUGCAUGUGCUUUCCAGCACAUCUGGAAUGGUGGAUUUGCAAGAAAAAAAGGCUCUUGAUGCCAAAUAUUCUGCGCUCGUCAAGCAGGAGAAAAAGAUUGAACAAAAGGUAGCGUUUGUCUUGUGCAUGAACGUCGUACACAUGCUGGCAGAGGGUCUUGCGCUCCGUCCACCAGAGGUCAUGGAACAGCUGGGUCUAGAGCGUCCCGAGAUUAAAAAGAGCCAAUGA